AGCGGUCGAGGUACAAGAGGGGUGGUACCAUUUGAGUAACACCGCUGACGCUUAUUGCAGACGCCAUACUGAAAGAACAAUCUCAAAAUGGCGGAAACAAAGUGAGAGACAAAAAAACAAAGUAUUGCAACUCUUGUUAUUCGGAGCUGUGGCUAACGCUACUAGUUGUAGUACGCAACAAGAUGAAAAAGCAAUUCUAUAGGGUCAAACAACUUGCAGAUCAAAAAGUUGGAAGGGCCGAGAAGACAGAAAUUCUAUCCGUGGAUCUGCAAAAUGUUGAAAAGACCGUUGAUAAGAUCAAGACGGCAUGCCAAUCAGCAAGCAAACGAAUUUCUGCGUCUAUGCAGGGUUCAGGCAGUGACUUUGAAAGACGUCUGGCUAUUAGGUAUUUUAGAGCCAAGGGCAGUCAGGAUGAUAUUGCUAUGUUGGGAAGUGAUCUCGAUAAACCAGAUACUUUUAUGAGAAAACUGAACCAGACUGGACUUGCAAAUAGUAUGCUGGAAUCUAGCAAUCAGCUAGGAGACAUGUCCCUUUUAGGAAUGGUUUUAUCACAGACAGGAGAAGCACAACUUUCAAUUGCUCGAAGUCUGUGUGAAUUUGAAAUGUCUGUUGAGAAGAAUGUAAUGAUUCCUAUGACAACAAUACUUGAGAAUGACAUCCCUAAUAUCUAUCAAGCUAAAAAGAAGCUCUCCAAAGCAGCACUUGAGAUGGAUACAUGUAAGUCCCGUUAUCUGGCAGCUCUAAAAACCUUUCAGGGUGCAAGCAAAGAUCCCUGGGGGGCACAAAGCAAAGCUGACGCCCUGAAGGAAGAACUUGAAAAUGAGACCGCGAAGUUUGAAGCAUGUCAGGAUGGGUUUACCACAGAAGCUCUCACCUUUGUUGCCAGAGAAGCAGAAUUUGCUGAAUGGAUGAUUAAGUUUAUAGAAGCCCAGCAGGAAUACCAUAAAAGUGCAUCGAUGAUCUUACAGGAUGUUCUUCCCCUCUUGAAAACCCAAGUUGAAAGUUCAUCGUUACGCUCAGUGUUCGGUUGCCCUCUUGAGGAGCACCUGAAAGUCCAGCGUCGGUCCAUAGCGUUCGUCCUAGAAGAGUGUCUAACUUAUCUCCACGAAGAGGCCCUACAAGAGCAGGGGUUAUUUAGAAUGGCAGGGAGCUCUGGGAAGAUUAGAAAACUCAAGGCAGCCUUUGAUGCCGGAAUGGUCGAUUUAACAGAGUUCGAUUGUGAUGUUCACGCUAUCACAGGAGUACUUAAGCAGUACCUUCGCGAGCUACCAGAGCCCUUAAUGACCUUUGCCCUCUACGACGAUUGGAUCCAGGCUGCCAGUAUACAGGAUAGUGGUGCGAGGUUGCAGGCAUACUGGGGACUCGUGGAUAAGCUUCCUAAAGCGAAUAAAGACAAUCUGAGGUACCUGAUCUGCUUUCUUGGUAAACUGGCGGACUAUAGCGAAGUUAACAAGAUGACAGCGAGCAACAUCGCCAUCGUCAUUGCGCCCAACAUCAUCUACUCCGAGCAGGACACGUCAGAUGCCAUAAAUUUGCAUCACACUGGUGUCCAGUCUUCUAUCGUCGAAGCGCUGAUUCAACACCACAGCUGGUUCUUCCCUGAAGGAGUCGACUUUUUCCGUCCUGCACAUGUCAGCACGAACGGUUCCUCGCCGGCGAGCGCAUCCCCCACCCCUCCCCGAUUCGAAUCUGCUAACGACGCCUCUGCGGAUCCUGGGGCUACCAAACAAGCCCCUGUAAGGGAGGGGAUGGCAGGGAAGGAAGUGUCGACUGAGGAGUUCCAAAGCGUCACUGGAGGCUUGUUAGACGAGGUCGUGGACAUGAUCAACAAAAAUAACGACUCCGAACCCGAGGAAGGCAGGGCGACCACGCCUGAUGCAACCAAGAUUCCGCAAAACCAACAGGCACAGCCACCACUUCGUACCCACUCCAACUCGUCCAGCGCACCACAGGCCCGUGGAGCCGCGCAAUUCGUGACUACACAGGAAAAACCAAAGCGGCCCGCACCGACCCCCUCACAGACUCAGGUCAAGUACAUGGGCUCCACAAGUCCUGUCGCUACCAGUCCUCCUCCACACCCGCCCCCGCCAGCACAUCACGUGAACAAGCCAGGAGUACCCCCUCCCCCUCCGCCUUCGAAGACAGGCAAAUCGAAACCAUAACACAAGCUGAUAAUAAUAAGUGUAGGAUAUGAAACAUGGCAUUUGGGUGGGCUCUUAUUACACACUUAAUGAAGCUCUAGAACAAAAUGUUAUUCGAUUUAUAAAUAAAAUGUCAACUGCAACCGAAAAGACAGCUGACCAGCUGUUUUUUAAAAUUGCCGCUGACCGUCUCAUGUUUCCUUCUAGUAGACUUUCUUGGAAGCCUUCAAUAUAAAAAUAUAUUUUUGCGGGUACAAUGCAGGGAGAACUUAUUCUGGAUCUCUAUUUUGAUUAGCAAGUAAAAGAAAAAAACGGCUUCUGAAAAUUACAAGAAUUUUCAGUGAUUUUUUGUGUAAAAAUGUAAAAAUUAGAUAAGUAAUGAAAUAAGUUUCAGAUAAAGUAAUUACUACUGAGGAAUUAGUUAGGUCUUUGAAUUGUUGAAUAUUUUAUUUUGUCAAUGCAUAUUUCUGAAUAAAAGUCAAUAGUACA